CCCAGCCCUUGUCCAGCACCGUGUGUCUGCUUCACCUGUGUCUGCCAUAGAUGUCUGCUGCCUGCCACCAUUAAAGAAUCGGGGCGGAAGAUUCAUGUUUUUGGACUACUGUUGCAGGUGUUGCUCAGUCACUUUCAUCAAGCGCCAUGGACAGCUGCCGGUCAAUAGCAAACUCAACGACACUUGGAUUGUUCUCCAGAACUUGUUAAUGUGCAUGGUGUCUUUCUAUGCACUUUACUUCAUCGCAGUCAGCCUGUGCAUAGGCAUAUUCAGAGUGGAGGACGCUGACAGCCUGUUGGCUCCCUUCGACUACACAACCCAACCAUCAUGGCACAGUCCCAAAUAUUUAGUGUGUGUAGUCUCCACAGAGGUGACUUAUAUCCUGGGAGGCCUGCUGUUUGCCUGGAUUGUGGAAGAAUGGGUGUGGGAUUACGCCAUAACAGUCACACUGCUGCAUGUUGGCCUGACCGUAGCAGUUAUGUCGGAAGUCCCAUCCACAGAACACUGGUGGAUGGCACUCGGUGCUGGCCUGGUUAUGAUGAUUCUUGGGGGACAGAUACUAGCAUACAAACUGUUCCGCAAUAAUUUUGUAUACCCAGCUGACCUCCAAAACUUCUGAUGCCAUUUUUGACUCCGUAUGUACAGAUUAAGGAUGCUGUUUUAUAUUGUUUUCUACAUCAAAUACCAAAGGUAGUUCUAGGGUCUCUACAUUUCAAAGGA